AUGUCUCACAGAAAGUUCGAAGCUCCACGUCACGGUCAUCUAGGUUUCUUGCCAAGAAAGAGAGCCGUCUCCGUCAGAGGUAGAGUCAAGUCAUUCCCAAAGGAUGACAAGACCAAGCCAGUCGCUUUAACCUCCUUCUUAGGUUACAAGGCCGGUAUGACCACCAUUGUCAGAGACUUGGACAGACCAGGUUCCAAGUUCCACAAGCGUGAAAUCGUCGAAGCCGUCACUGUUGUCGACACUCCACCUGUCGUUGUUGUCGGUGUUGUCGGUUACGUUGAAACCCCAAGAGGUUUGAGAUCUUUGACUACUGUCUGGGCUGAACAUUUGUCCGAUGAAGUUAAGAGAAGAUUCUACAAGAACUGGUACAAGUCUAAGAAGAAGGCUUUCACCAAGUAUUCCGCUAAGUACGCUCAAGAUGGUGCUGAAAUUGAAAAGGAAUUGGCUAGAAUUAGAAAGUACGCUUCCGUCGUUAGAGUCUUGGUCCACACUCAAGUCAGAAAGACUCCAUUAGUUCAAAAGAAGGCUCAUUUGGCUGAAAUUCAAUUGAACGGUGGUUCCAUCUCUGAAAAGGUUGACUGGGCUCGUGAACAUUUCGAAAAGACCGUCGCUGUCGAUGCCGUCUUUGAACAAAACGAAAUGAUUGACGUUGUUGCUGUCACCAAGGGUCACGGUUUCGAAGGUGUUACCCACAGAUGGGGUACCAAGAAGCUACCAAGAAAGACCCAUAGAGGUUUGAGAAAGGUUGCCUGUAUCGGUGCUUGGCAUCCAGCCCACGUUAUGUGGACUGUUGCUAGAGCUGGUCAAAGAGGUUACCAUCACAGAACUUCUAUUAACCACAAGGUUUACAGAAUCGGUAAGGGUGAUGAUGACUCUAACGCUUCUACCAACUUUGACAGAACCAAGAAGACUAUUACCCCAAUGGGUGGUUUCGUCCACUACGGUGAAAUCAACAACGAUUUCGUCAUGGUUAAGGGUUCCAUUCCAGGUACUAGAAAGAGAGUUGUUACUUUGAGAAAGUCUUUGUACACUAACACUUCCAGAAAGGCCGUCGAAGACGUUCAAUUGAAGUGGAUUGACACUGCUUCCAAGUUCGGUAAGGGUAGAUUCCAAACUGAUGCUGAAAAGCGUGCUUUCAUGGGUACUUUGAAGAAGGACUUAUAA